AUGAAUUCAAACUCAAAUCCAAUUUCCGGUGACCAGCGGUGGAUCCUUACAAUUCGUCAAGCCAUCGAUGAAGACGUAGAAGAAGAUACUGAUAUCCCGGUGAGUAUAUUCAAUGUCCCAAUCGGCCUAGUUUCCACAAAACCUGAAUGUUACAUUCCACAACAAGUAGCAUUAGGCCCUUACCACCAUCGGCGACCCGAGCUCUAUGAAAUGGAAAGAUACAAGCUUUCUGCUGCUAAAAGAUGUCAAAAACAAAUGCAAGGUAGCAAUGUCAAGUUUCAACAAAUUGUUGAUCAGUUUGUGGUUUUAGAGCCAAAGAUCAGAGCAUGUUACCAUAAGUAUCUACAUUUUGAUGGUGAAACCGUAGCUUGGAUGAUGGCCCUUGAUGUUUCUUUCUUGCUCGAGUGUCUUGAUGUUUACAAUAUUGAAAAAGGAAGAUUGAUCUCACGAGUAACAUCAAGAAUGUCACAUUUAGUUGAUUUUCCAUAUAGAAAAUUUGCGCAUGAUGCAAUUCUUAGAGAUAUUGUGAUGUUAGAGAAUCAGAUUCCAAUUUUUCUUUUGGAAAAGAUGUUGGAAUUCAAAUUCAAAUCUCAAUCUUCCGAAUCUGCUCAGAAAUAUUUAACUUCGACUUUGUUAGGGUUGCAUAAAGAGCUUUCGCCUUUUACGGUUGUGUAUCAAGAGUGCAAUCUUCACUCCAGUGAAGAUUGUGCCCAUGUGCUAGAGUUUCUAUACCACAUGAUCAUUGAUCCCAACAUCAAACAACAAUGGUAUGAAACAACUAAUGAAGGUCACGAUGAAGAACAAGUACAAGAAAGUCGACACAAAUUCCAACGAAUCAUCAAUGCCAUACAGAACUUUGUUAAAAGAUUGAUAUCUUCAGAACCCGUUAAACUUUUAGUAAAUUUCCCUCUCGCGAUCAUUUCCAACACAUCCAUGGUAAGAAUCUUGAAACAACAAGUAUGUUAUGAUGAAGAUAAACAAAUUUCAAGCGUAGAAUGUACUAGUAAACCACCAUUAAUGGAGGAAAUCUCGAUCCCUUCGGUCACCGAGCUUGUUAAAGCGGGCUUCGGAUUUUCUCCCUCAUCGGGUGGGAUCUUGACCAUUGACUUUGAUAAUAAGACAUCUACGUUAUUUCUACCCAUCGUGAGUUUUGAUGUAAAUACAGAUGUCGUAUUAAGAAAUCUGGUCGCUUACGAGGUAUGCAAAGCAUCUGGGCCGUUGAUUUUGACUCGUUACAUCGAGUUGAUGAAUGGGAUUAUUGAUACCAAAGAAGAUGUGAAGUUGCUUAGAGAAAUGGGGAUCAUCAAGAACCGACUGAAAAGCGAUGAAGAGGUUGCUAAUUUGUGGAAUGGAAUGAGCAGGUGUGUGAGAUUGACGAAGCUGCCCUUCUUGGACACGGUGAUUGAAGAUGUUAACAGGGUUUAUGAAGGGAAAUGGAGGGUUAAAAUAGGGAAAUUGAUGAAGGUUUAUGUGUUUGGUUCAUGGCAGUUUCUUGUAUUUGUAGCUGUGGUGAUGGUCUUGUUCUUGAUGUCUUUAGAGAGGAAACAUGUCGAUCUAAACUGGGACUCGUAUAUUCGGUUUCGAAGUGAUCACAUUUAA